UUAUUAUUAUUAUUAUUAUUAUUUAGUUCAACUGGGUCAAAAGAUCACCGCCUGAGUGCAACGUUUUAUGCUACAACCUGCCCUAGAGUAACAGCCAUUGUACGCAGAGUCGUUAGACGUUUUCAGUACAGGACUGAUCCUAGGAUUACAGCUAGCUUGGCGAGGCUUCAUUUCCACGAUUGCUUCGUUAACGGUUGUGAUGGAUCAAUCUUGCUGGACAAUGCAGAUAAGAUAGAGAGCGAGAAAGAAGCUUUGCCAAAUAACAACUCAGUAAGAGGUUUUGAUGUUAUUGAUGAAAUAAAGACUGAAGUUGAGAGGGCUUGCCCCGCGACUGUCUCGUGUGCUGACAUACUCGCAAUGGCAGCUGCAGAAUCUGUUUGUCUGUCAGGAGGGCCUUCGUGGAGAGUCCGAGUGGGAAGAAGGGAUAGCAGAAUAGCUAACCGAAGUGGUGCAAAUACUGCAAUUCCAGUCGGGUUUGAUACCCUUGACGUUCUCAAAUCCAAAUUCUCCGCUGUUGGCCUCGACCCCACCAUCGACCUCGUCUCAUUAUCUGGUGCUCACACAUUCGGAAGGGUUCAAUGCGGAAUAAUCGAACAUCGACUGUACAAUUUCAGCAACACCGGUGCGCCUGACCCGACGUUGAACCCAACCUUCCUAGCGAGACUACGUCGGUUGUGCCCCCGGAACGGGAAUGGGACCACCUUAGCAAAUCAAGACCCCAUUACACCAGAUGGCUUUGACAAUACCUACUACUCCAUUCUUCGAGCAAAUAAAGGUCUUCUCACAAGUGAUCAAGCCUUGUUUUCCACCCCAGGAGCUGAUACCAUCCACAUUGUCAACAGAUUCAGUGCAUCCCAAUUUACUUUCUUUAAGAGCUUUGCGAAAUCGAUGAUCAAGAUGGGGAAUAUAAGUCCACUAACCGGUACUUAUGGAGAAAUUAGAUUCAACUGCCGAAGGGUUAAUGACGACUAA